GUAAAAAAUCCACAAGUCACAAAUUUCGAAAUUUCAGAGAAAUCAUAUUUAGAUUUUUUUUUCUCAAAAUUUUAGUGUAAAGUUUUCCGAAAUUUUAGUGUAAAGUAAUUUUUCAAAGAAAAACUCAAAAUGGGUGACUGUGGCUGUGCACCCGGAGGACAAAGACAAUCCAGAAGGCAUCAUCAUAGAAGAUCAAGAGGUCAUCACCAAAGACCUCCAGUGCCAUAUGAUAGGCCGAUGGUAUCCAGACCUACUGCUCCACCCUCUAGAAUACCCCCCUGGAACUGUGGUCCAGGUUUAGCAAGACAAAGAGAAGCCAAACAAUAUAAUGCAGGUCCCAGAGCGGCAGCCGGAGGAACUGCCCAAAGAGCACGUCUAGACGAAACCUACAACGUUGGAGCUAGAGGGGGACCUGGAGGACGCUUAGAUCGCACCUACACCGUUGCAGGAGGACGUCCAUCCGGCGCGUUGGACAGAACCUAUACCGCUACAGCAGGAGGUGGACCUGGAGGACGUUUAGACAGAACCUACACAGUUGCAGCAGGAGGUGGACCUGGAAGAAGUUUUGACAGGACCUACAACGCUACAGCAGGGAGUGGACCUGGAGAACGUUUAGACAGGACCUAUACUGUUGGAUCUGGAAGAAGUUUCGACAGAACCUGCAACGCCACAGCAGGAAGUGGACCUGGAGGACGAUUAGACAGAACCUACACUAGAGGUGUAGGUGGACCUGGAAGAAGUUUCGACAGAACAGCAGGAAGUGAACCUGGAGGACGUUUAGACGGCACCUACACAGUUAGAUCUGGACGAAGUUUCGACAGAACUUACAACGCUACAGCAGGAAAUGGAUCUGGAAGACGUUUAGACCGUACCUACACCGCUGCAGCUGGCCCUUGCGCAGGGGAAGGCGCAACAUGUCUGGACAGCACCUACACGGCUCAUCCCUCGAUCAGGACGCCUCCAAAUUACCUGGACUAUCCUCCGUUCGACACGGCAGUGGCUAGAAUGUAUCCGGACAGACACAUGGACUCGUGGGAGAUGAUGGGACUCACGCCUCCAGGUCCCGACACGCCGCGAGGCAACAAAACUCAUCCUCCCCGCUACGCCAGAAGACUCGAUUUCUCCGACACCUCAGACACACCACCGCGACCUUUCUCCCCCAGCCAGGGUUCAUCCAACCUCAGUAGAGCAUCCCCGCACAGCGGCGACCAAGACAGCAGCAUGCGCUGGUUCAGACCCUACAUGGACAGCUCACAUCUCUCCACCGGUCAAACGACAGCUCGAAAAGAGAUCUUUGACAGCAUCAGGGUGGGCCGGUCUCCAGGACUGAGCGCAGUGUCCAGUUCCAGUCCCGAAGACGUCUCGUACGAUUGGAGCAGCGAGACGGAUCCGAUCUUUGGAGCGCAGCAGCGGUCGAGAACGAGAUCGCCUUCUCCUGGACCUCGACAGGAAGUUCGAGGAAGAAGACUGAACUUUUCCAGCGAUUCUUCGGCGUGUGAAGCCUCCCGGGGAGGUGUUUGUGAAAGCGGGUACUCUGGAGAUGUUGAAGAAAGCUUCCCUUCGGUGUCUUCACAACCUGGACCGAGUAACGCAAUGUUUGGUGCUGGAGGAAGACAGGAAGAGAACUGGAGUCCGAUGCCUAUAUUUGAGGCAGCUUCGUACGAUGAUUAUUCUACAGAAGCAUCUUCUGCUGCUAGUAGAAGACAGAGAACUCCCGCAGCUGGUGGACGUUUAAACAGAACCUACCCCCCUGUAGCUGGUGUUAGAGCUGGAGCACGUUCAGACAAUUCCUUCACCACCGCGUCUGCCAUCUGCUUGGGGGCCGGCGCAACUUGUCUGGACGAUAGCUACUCCGCUGGAGCUGGAGGUGGAUCUGGAGGACGUUUAGACAGGACCUACGACGCUACAGCUGGACGACGUUUGGACAGCACCUACACAGCUCAUCCCUCGAUCAGGACUCCUCCAAACUACCUGGACUAUCCUCGGUUUGACACGGCAGUGGCUAGAAUGUACCCGGACAGACACAUGGACUCGUGGGAGAUGAUGGGACUCACGCCUCCAGGACCAGAUACGCCGCGAGGCAACAAAACCCAUCCACCUCGCUACGCCAGAAAACUCGAUUUCUCCGACACCUCGGACACUCCCCCGCGACCCUUCUCCCCUAGCCAGGGUCCAUCCAACCUCAACGUGACCAGAACCUGCCCAUCGAGUAGCAGAUCUCCCCACAGCGGCGACCAAGACAGCAGCAUGGGCUGGUUCAGACCCUACAUGGAUAGCUCACAUCUCUCCACCGGUCAAACGACAGCUCGGAAAGAGAUUUUUGACAGCAUUAGGGUGGGCCGGUCUCCAGGACUGAGCGGGGUGUCCAGGUCCAGUCCCCAAGACGUUUCGUCCGAUUGGAGCAGCGAGACCGAUCCGAUCUUUGGAGCGCAGCGAUCGAGAACGAGGUCGCCUUCUCCUGGACCUCGACAGGAAGUUCGAGGAAGAAGACUGAACUUUUCCAGCGAUUCUUCGGCGUGUGAAGCUUCCCAGGGAGGAGUUUGCGAAGACGGGUACUCUGGAGAUGUUGAAGAAAGCUUCCCUUCGGUGUCCCAAGCUGGACCGAGUAACGCAAUGUUUGGUGCUGGAGGAAGACAGGAGGAGAACUGGAGUCCGAUGCCUAUAUUUGAGGCAGCUUCGUACGACGAUUAUUCUCCAGAAGCAUCUUCUGCUGCUAGUAGAAGACAGAGAACUCCCGCAGCUGGAGGACGUUUAAACAGAACCUACCCCCCUGCAGCUGGUGCUAGAGCUGGAGCACGUUCAGACAAUUCCUUCACCACCGCGUCUGCCAUCUGCUUAGGGGCCGGCGCAACUUGUCUUGACGACAGCUACUCCGCUGGAGCUGGAGGUGGAAGACGUUUAGAUAGAACCUACGACGCUACAGCUGGAGGUGGAGCUGGAGGACGUUUAGACAGCACCUACACGGCUCAUCCCUCGAUCAGGACUCCUCCAAACUACCUGGACUAUCCUCGGUUUGACACGGCAGUGCCUAGAAUGUACCCCGACAGGCACAUGGACUCGUGGGAGAUGAUGGGACUCACGCCUGCAGCUCCCGAUACGCCUCGAGGUAACAUAACCUAUCCUCCCGCCUACGCCAGAAGACUGAACUUCUCCAACGAUUCAUCAGCAUGCGAAGCCUCCCAGGGAGAAGUCUGUGAAAGCGGGUACGCCGGAGACGUAGAAGAAAGCUUCCCUUCGAUGCCUCGACCUGGGCCUAGUAACGCGAUGGCUGGUGCUAGAGGAAGACAAGCACCUGCAGCUGGUGCUGGACAAAAAGCAGCCGGAGGAAGACGAAAAUGGGGAAGCCCGACGCCUGCAUUCGAGGCAGCUUCGAUCUAUGGUUAUUCUCCCAGCGCCGCUUCUUCUGCUGCUAGUGGAGGACAGAGAUCUGACGCGUGCGUAGACGACGGCGCGUCCUGUCUGAACAGCACCUACACUGACGCAUCCGAAGGAGGUGGACCUGGAGGACUUUUUGUCAUGACCUACCCCCCCGUGACUGGUUAUAGGGCUGGACCACGUGCAGACGGCACCUUCACCACCGCGUCUGCCAUGUGCCUAGGGGGUGGCGCGGCUUGUCUGGACGACAGCUACCCCGCGCAGCCCUCAGAAAGGACUCCCCCGGACGACAUGGAAGUGCAAGGAGGAUACGGGAGUAGAUACAUGGACUCGUACGAGAUGAUGGGACUCACGCCUCCAGGGCCUGAGACACCGCGGCGCAACAUAACCCAUCCUCCCGCCUACGCCAGAAGACUGGACUUUUCCGGUGAUUCUUCAGAGUGUGAAGCCUCCCAUGGAGAAGCUUGCGGAGGCGGCUACGAUGAAGACGUAGAUGAAAGUUAUUCCGCGUUCCAACCUGGGGCAGCUAGCUCGACGUUUGCUGCUAGAGGAAGACAGACGGCCGCGGGUCCUGGAGGUCGUGCAGCUGCAGCAGCUGGCCAGGGGCAAAGACCUGGGGCUGCAGCUGGAGGAAGACAAAGAUGGGGCAGUCCCACGCCUGCGUACGAGGCUAGGUCCAUCUAUGACUAUUCCAGUACCGAGGGAUCUUGGAGUGGGGGUUCAUCUAGUGGAGAAGGCCAAUCCUCUUGUCGUCCUUGUCGCCAUACCUAUUAGAAAAACGAGGAUUUUGGCUAUAAGUGUUUGUGAUAAAAGCCAAAGAUAUGCAAUAUGUUACCAAGAAAUAAAUAUACGGUAUAUAUGAUAA